CCUUUGCCACAUUAUAACUAGUAGGGGAUCCUCAUAGACCAUGGCCACAGCUGCCUCGAAUCCCUACAGCAUUCUCAGUUCUAGCUCCCUAGUCCAUGCGGACUCUUCGGGCAUGCAGCAGGGGAGCCCUUUCCGAAACCCUCAGAAACUUCUCCAAAGUGAUUACUUGCAGGGAGUUCCUAGCAAUGGGCAUCCUCUCGGGCAUCACUGGGUGACCAGUCUGGGCGAUGGAGGCCCAUGGUCUUCCACACUUGCCACCAACCCCCUGGACCAGCAGGACGUGAAGCCCGGGCGCGAAGACCUACAGCUGGGUGCGAUCAUCCAUCACCGCUCACCGCACGUCGCCCACCACUCUCCGCACACUAACCAUCCGAAUGCAUGGGGGGCUAGCCCGGCUCCGAACCCGUCCAUCACGUCCAGCGGCCAACCCCUUAACGUGUACUCGCAGCCUGGCUUCACAGUGAGCGGCAUGCUGGAGCACGGAGGGCUCACCCCACCGCCAGCCUCUGCCUCUGCACAGAGCCUGCACCCCGUGCUCCGGGAUCCCCCAGACCACAGCGACCUAGGCUCGCACCACUGCCAGGACCACUCGGACGAGGAGACACCAACCUCGGAUGAGUUGGAACAGUUCGCCAAACAGUUCAAACAAAGAAGAAUCAAGUUGGGCUUCACACAGGCCGACGUGGGGCUGGCGCUGGGCACACUGUACGGCAACGUGUUCUCACAGACCACUAUCUGCAGGUUCGAGGCCUUGCAGCUGAGCUUCAAGAACAUGUGCAAGCUGAAGCCGCUGCUGAACAAGUGGCUGGAGGAGGCUGAUUCGUCCACAGGGAGCCCGACCAGCAUUGACAAAAUCGCAGCUCAGGGCCGUAAGCGCAAGAAGCGAACCUCCAUCGAGGUGAGUGUCAAGGGCGUACUGGAAACGCAUUUCCUCAAGUGUCCCAAGCCUGCCGCGCAGGAGAUUUCCUCGCUGGCAGACAGCCUCCAGUUGGAGAAAGAAGUGGUGCGUGUCUGGUUCUGUAAUCGAAGACAGAAAGAGAAAAGAAUGACUCCGCCGGGGGAUCAGCAGCCACAUGAGGUUUAUUCGCACACCGUGAAAACAGACACGUCCUGCCACGAUCUCUGACUGCGGGAAGCAAGAAAGCGGCCGGCCGCACUGGGAGCAGCGCGGAAUUCUUUCUCUCCCACUCUCUUCCUUUCGCUUCAGCUUUAUUAUUGGUAUCUAGAGACAUAGCAAUAUCUAGAUAUCUAGAUAAGGCUCUUCUCUCUCUCUCCCCCCAUUUUUUUUUCUUUCUUACUUUUUUUUUUUUCAAAAUAGGGGAUUCUAACAUAUUAAAAAAGGAAACACACUCACACACGCAUUCAGGCUUCUUAACGCUGAUACACAGUUGCAUUAAGCAGUCCAGGCGGGGAACUCUUACACCCUGCGGCCCAGGCAACUGUUUCCUCCAACCUUUUCUGUUGAUCAAUACAUAUUGUUUACUUUGAGUAAGGUCUGUUUGGUUGCUCCUCUCUUGGAAGAACAAGGAGUGGGGUAACAUGGGGGUGGGGAAGGAUGGGAGGGGGUGGGAAGACAGAUGUGUGCCUCUGAAUAACCUUUCAGCGCCUUGGUUAUAGCAGCUGUAUUUCAGGUGAAAUCUGUUUUACAAUAGACUAGUUUUGCAUUUUUAAAAACUUCUAUAGCGUUUCUAAAUGUCUGCGGUGUUUUACUACAAGCUGUACACAAUAUUUGUGAGAUAAUUUGUAUCUAAUCGGCCACUCCACAUUAUUAUUGCUGUUAUGAUUAUUCCUUCAUUGAGCUGAUGGUUUUCUAAUUGCUUAAAAAAGGGAAGGGGGUGGGAGGAGGAGGGGAAGAGAUGAAAAAAAACCACCCACCCACCCCCUACCCUGAAUCUGUAUGGAGAAGAGAGAGAGGUACAAUGGAUAAAGUUGUUGAUGAUGAUAGUGGAUGGAUAUAUAUAAUUUUUUCAGAGGGUAAAAUACCUAGGAUAGGCAGAAUAGGCAAGCCAAUUGGGUUUGCAAAGUACCGUGAAGUAGGAGAGGCGAUUUUGAAGCUUUCUGUCUCCCUCCCGAAUCUGUGGAGUGAGUCCUCGCAGGCUUCUACAGAGCAGAUCCCUGUGCCUGAGAAGAAUUUGCCUGUGGCGCCCAACAAAAGAGGUCGGCCUGAGGAGCUAAGAGGGCUCUGCACCUACCGAGGUCUGGAAUGCUUGCACUCAGAACUCCGCACGGGUCCCGUGCCUCACUAAGACCGCCAGCGCGAACCCACCUCCGUCUUCCUAGGCGAAGGACUUUGCCUUCACACAGGAUUGCUUUCGCUGGAGACGACGACCAGAGAUGGUGGCGACAGACUGAGUCAGUGCCUCCCAGUUCAGUUCACCUCCAGUUCACCGCCCGCUCCCUAAGCGAGAAACCGUCGGGGAGGGGUGGCGAGUGGGGUGGUAGACAGGUGCUCUCUGCUCCGUGCAGAACGACAAUGAAAUGAUUGGCAGAGGUCACAAGGAUUCUGGUCUAUCUUCUUUACCACCUCCUCUCCCGUAUAUACAUACCUCUGUCUCUAAGCGGGCUCUCGGGAAGCCGUCUGCACGUCUCUGACAAGCACAGCUGGUAGAAGCCCACAGCGAUGAUUAAGCUAGAUAGCGAGCGCCGCGGCUGGGUUUCUGUUUUUGUUUGUUUGUUUUUUUAUUUUGAUUUUUAACCUGCGUGUGUGUGUCUAUGCGUGUGUGCGUGAGAGCGAGUGCAAAUGCGCGCGCGCGUGUGUGUAGAUAGCUGUGUGUAUCGUAUUACUAUUUACAAAAAAAAAAAACUGCAUAAAAUCUCGCUAGGCUAUGUAGAGAUCCAAAAAUAUGCAGUUGCUGUGGCUUUAUUGCUCACUCUCAUGUCUAAACGCCAAGUCCACAGGAGCACCUCAUUCUCAAUGAACACACAUGUGCAGGGCGGGCCAAGCACCCAACACCCAGACACAGCCCGCCAGAUCUCGCUGGGGGCUCCGCAUGCCUGGGCUGGCUGCCUGGCCCGGCCUUCAGGUGCAGCUUCUGUAGACAAAGCAUCAAACUACCUAAGGACCAAAAUGCCUAGGGCCCCUUGUGGAAGAUGCGCUAGUAUGGGCUGCCAGGCCUCUGGUCCACCACACUGCGUCUCCCCCAGCUGUAGGUUGAAGGACAUGUGUUAAUUCAAAUCCUGGACCCUUUUUCUUUUUUGUCAAGACUGCAUUCUGUUGGUAGUUGCAUUUUUGUUCUGGAAAUUCUUUUGUUUGUUUUGUUUUUCCACACUGAAUUUGUGUUUUACAACUGUUAGGAUUUUUGGUUUGUUUUGAUUUUAUAUUUUCCUUUGCAGUUAAGUGCUAUGAUUCAAACCUGAGUUAACCCAAAUAUUUCUGCUGACUUUAUAAUUGUACAGUUUUGUAUAUUAAACGUUUUUGAAGUUAUUAAUUUAAAGAAAGAUCAUUUAGUUUAUUCAUUUAGUAACUGAUGUAUAAUAAACACUAUUUUCAUUAAGAGUUGCUUUUUCAACUAUUUUAUUCAAAUUGCCUAUUGCAGUUGUCAGCAAUUAUUUAUUUUCAAUAAAUUCUGAAUUAUGUUUAAAAGAAAACUCAAAGAUGAGUUGGAUGUCAAAAAGAAAACAAUUCGCUGUAAUGUUUGAUGUGAACAGUUUUAGUCAAGGGGUUUAUAUUGACGCAAUAUUUUAUUGUUGUAAAAGAUUUAAAAUAAAGCAUUUAAAUAAAAC